GAAAGUUUUUUCUGUGGCUAUAUACUUCACUUUUUCUGGGUUUCUCUGCAGUUUGCUCUCUUUUGGGUGCUUCCUUUCCUUUUUAUUCUCAACUCUUAUUUCUUCCCUUUUUCGAUGCAUAAUAAGCCUUUAUUCCUUCUUCAUUGGUCAAAAGAUUUCUGGGAUUUUUCCAAUUUCGUGUAAAUCUUAUUCCUUUUGACAAAACACAAACCCCUUCUCUUUCGCUUAUUGAGGAUUACUUGAAGUUGAAGUUGCUUUUCUACCUGCAGAUCAAGAAGUAGAGUAUAGAUGGUGAGAGGAAAGACUCAGAUGAGGCGCAUAGAGAACGCCACAAGCAGACAAGUCACUUUCUCAAAGCGGCGUAAUGGGUUGCUGAAGAAGGCUUUUGAACUAUCUGUUCUUUGUGAUGCUGAGGUAGCUCUUAUCAUCUUCUCUCCAAGAGGAAAACUUUACGAAUUUGCAAGCUCCAGCAUGCAGGAGACAAUUGAACGCUACCGCAGGCAUAACAGGAGUUCUCAAACAGCACACAAACCGGAUGAACAAAAUAAUCAGCAUUUGAAGCAAGAAGCAGCAAGCUUGAUGAAGAAGAUUGAGCUUCUUGAAGCUUCAAAACGGAAACUCUUGGGAGAAGGAUUGGGGUCAUGCUCCAUGGAAGAACUGCAACAGAUUGAAAAACAGUUGGAAAAGAGUGUAAGCAAUAUUCGACAAAGAAAGACUCAGGUUUACAAGGAACAAAUUGAGCACCUAAAAGAAAAGGAAAAAUCCCUACUUGCUGAAAAUGCUAGGCUCUCUGAGCAGCAUGAUAUCCAGCCAGAGCCAGCAACAAAGGAUCAGAGAGAAAAUCAACCCUAUGAAGAAAGCAGUCCAAGUUCAGAUGUGGAGACUGAAUUGUUCAUUGGAUUACAUAGGUCCAAUUGAAGAUAAUUUAAUCCUUGCUUAUGAAAGUAUAAAAUAAGGGGAAUCCCAACUUUCUCUAAUGUAUAAUAUCAGAGAUGUUUGCUAAUGUUCUCAGAGAUGAAUGAUAUUGCAUCUUAUAUUUAGAUUUUAAAGAACUUUCACCAAAAAAGAAGAAAAAAAGAACUUUCACUAGUUAUAUGAAUAGGGUUUAAUAUGUAUGUCUUCCCUUAUUAGUUGGUGGAAAUUUUGGCAUGCUAUGA